UUCAUUUUCCCCUCAAAUCUCAAUCCACACCAUUUUCUGUCUCUCUUACUUGAAUCCUAAUUUCCUCUCUCCACCGCGUAUUUUACCAAACUAACAGUGUCGUAAAAAUGGUUGCCGGAGACCGGUCGACAUCCACCGCCUCAACCGCCGCGCCGCCCAAUUCCAAAGAGAUCCGCUACAGGGGCGUCAGAAAGAGGCCGUGGGGCCGCUACGCCGCGGAAAUCCGGGACCCACGUAAGAAGACUAGGGUUUGGCUCGGCACAUUCAAUACCGCCGAAGAAGCGGCGCGUGCUUACGACACGGCCGCGCGUGAAUUUAGGGGCGCAAAUGCCAAAACCAAUUUUCCCAUUCAGAACGAAUUCCUAAUGGUUGACAACAAUAACAACUUCCAUAAAUCCGCUUGCAGUACUAGUCCCAGCCAGAGCAGCACCGUCGACUCCUCUUCCCCGUCGCCGGCGCCGUCGGAUCCUUCCCUCACUCACUUCCUCAACAGCAGCAAUCACGCGCCGACUAUUUCCCGCCCAAUUUUCUUCUUCGACGCGUUUGCUCAGGCGGAGAGGAUCAGUGAGUUUCGUCGGAACGUUACCAACGCCGUCGCCGGUGCUGGCGGAUCGGUGAGCGACUCCGAUUCGUCAUCCGUAGUUGAUUUCGACACUACGCGAAAAUCUCGGCCGUUGGAUUUUGACCUGAAUCUUCCGGCUGUGGAAGUUGUUUGAGGAUCCGUGUUUUUCAUUUUGAAUUGAACUAAUUUUUCUAAUUUAAUAUCCGUAAAAUCCAUUUAAAGGAUUGAAUGAAAUAUAUAUUAUAUAAUUAAUAUAAGUUAUGUUGUAUAGAUAACCAAGGAAUUCCUCCUUCCAGUUUUAAUGAAGAGAUUUGAUUUUUUUUUUUU